UUUCAAACUUUUCUAUUUCCCAAAACCUGUCUCUCCGCACUCCCAAAAACGCAGCGUCUCAGGUUUGGGUGAAGGACUUGAAGGAGGAGGAUGGGAGAGAGGAAGGUGCUUAACAAAUACUACCCACCGGACUUCGACCAAGUCCAGACACGCAACUGUGAGCGUAGAUGCCAUGCUCGAGGCCUUGCAGCGCAUGGCUGUGGAAAAGGUGAUUGCAUAAUAAGUAGGGCUCAUCAUCAUGACUUUCACAUUGAACUUAAAGAUCAAGUGAAACUCUGUAAAGAACAAGAGGCAAUAUCACAGGAAGCAUUCAGCCUCAACCACCUCCACCAACUAAAUGGUUUGGUUCUAAAUCAGCAAAGAAUACAAAUAGUGAUUUUGAUGCUAAACCCAUGGUCUUUUGGGUCAAUAUUCAACUGGAAAGACAACUUUUAUAAAACAUUUGCUAAAAAUGAACUACCCAGGUGCUCACAUUGGACCAGAGCCUACAACAGAUAGAUUUGUUGUUGUUAUGAAUUUUUGGUCAUGGAAUCUUGCACGAAUAAUUUCCUCUGAA